AUGGCGAAUUUUCUGCAGGACGCCACGCAAGCUGUCGCUACCGGGUUAGCCACCGGCCGGGACGGUGCCGAGUUGAUCGCUGACGAGUGUAGACAGGCGCUUUCCAACGCCCGCAACUUGGCAGCCAAGCUGCUGGGUGAAGAGCCGCAGGAACCCCCGAAGCCACCUCCGCUGAACGAGCCCGCACCUGCUUUGGUGCCGUUCCAAGGCGAGACGGUGUCUCAGGCGUUGAAAGAAGCAGCCGAAGUUGCACAAGCCAGCAUCGAACUGAACAAGGAUAAAAAAGAGAAGAAGAGGUCGCGAUCCAGAAAAAGACGGCGCAAGAAAUCUUCGUCGAGCUCCAGCAGUGGAAAGAAGAAGAGGAAGAGGUAG